GGUGAGAGUUAUCCUGUCCCGUGGGCGGCCCCUCCAUCCCUGUCACCUGCGGUGCUGCCGCAGCCCCCGGGGCUCUCACCCACCCACCCACCCACCCUGUUUGCGCAGCCGGCGCCGCAGCGAGAGGCUCUCGGCUCCUGUUUGCCCAGUGCCUGGAGAGGCCGGGAUGAAAGGGCUGCGUGGCCCCUCCAGCCCUCUCCAGCGGUGCUUCCGCACCUUCAAAGCAUCCGGAGCCCCUUGAAGCCGGGACAAGCACCUGCCUCACCCUGGGAAAAGCCGGAGACAUCCCGGAGGCCAGCAGGGACGGGGAAGGAGACGUGGCUGAGAGCUAUAGGCUGUAGGAGGCUUUGCUUCUGUGCCCGAGGAUGUGUUGGUGUUGGAUGGAACGGGCGGUUUGGGGCAGUGCCAGCAGUGUCCCCAGCCAUGACCGCUUGUCCCUGCAGGUGCUGGGACAGGACAAGCCUCUGUGGCAACUCAGUCUCUGCCCUCAGUGUAGAGUGAUUUGUUUCCUACUGAGGAAGAGGGGGCAUCACCGACGACGCCCUCCCGGGGAGGGGAAAGGAUUGGGAGCAGCCCUAGGGUGGGAGGAUUCUGGCCUGGGACAGGGCUGGGAACUGGGGCCAACGCUGAGACAGGAGCAGAGAGGGAGCAUCAGCCUGGGCUCCAAGGGGAUACCUGGAUCCCGCAGCUCCUGCCCCACAGGCAUGCGGGCAGGAUUGGGAUGCUCAGGGCUGCUCUGGAAGGGCCAGGAGGGCAUGCAGGGUGCUGCGGCCAUCGCGGGGACCUCACGGCAGCGUCGCGGCUGGGAAACCACAGCCCCGGGCGAGCACCAGCACCCUCCCAGAUGCGGGAGCUGGCAAAACUUCGCAAGCUCUGCUGCGCCCCGAGCCAGCAAGUGAAGGGCUGGAGCUUCCCUCGGGCACACCGGGGCACGUCGGGCUCCCCCGGGGCACCCCACCCGCGUGGGGACCCCGGGCCAGCCGCCAGCCCAGCGCCCGCUCCCGGCGCUGCUCCUCUGCCUCCCCCCGCGCCCGCCUCGGCAACGGGGAAACUGAGGCACGGAGCAGCGCCGGCCCCCCGCGCUGCCCUCCACGCGGGUCGGGUGCCCGUGGGGUGUCCCCGCCGCGUCCCCGUCCCCGCCGCCCCACGGACGGUGGUUCGCGGGCCCAGCAGGUGGCGCCCCGCGCCCGCCGGUGGCGGCGAACGGAGCCCGGGACCGGGAAGGACCGGGAGGGACCGAAGGGGACCGGGGGAAAACGGGGGGAGCUGUGAUGGACCGCACUGGGCGGCGCUGGUUCGUGCGGGGCUGGGCUGGGCUUGUCUGUGCUGAUCCGUGCCGGGCUACACUGCUCUGGGCUGUACUGGGCAGCGCUGGUCUAUGCUUGGCUACACUGGGCUGACUGCACCGGGCUGUACUGGGCUGUACUGGGCAGUGCUGGUCCAGGAAGGGCCGUGCAGGGCUGGGCUGCACUGGGUUGUACUGGGCUGUGCUGGUGCAUGAAGGACCAUAGAGGGCUGUGCAGUGCUGGGCAGUACUUGGCUGUGCUGGGCUAUACUGGUGGCUGGACUGGGACAAUUUCCUCCCAGCAUGGCUGAUGCUGCAUCCCAAGGACCAGUGCCCAGCAUCCCCCUCCCUCCCAGCUCCCACUGCCACCGGCUGGGGCAGAUCCUCUGUCCCCAUCCACACUGGGUGGCAAAAGGAGGGUGCUGGGGCUGAAGUGGGUUCACACAGGCUGUGGGGGCAAUCUGCUCGUUCCAGGUGGACUUUGUACCAGCAUAUGUGUGUGUGUGUAAUGAUGUCACAGCUGUUAGUCCACGAGGUGAAAGUCUCUCUGUGUCCUCAUAACAUUAAUUGCUCUUCCUAGAAGGACCCUGGCAGUGGAGAGAUGCAGUAUCCUGCUGGGCUUGCUCGGAUCCCACCAUCUUAUAUUGGAUGUUGGGGAGAAAUUCCUCCCUGGGAGGGUGGUGAGGCCUGACACAGGUUGCCCGGAGAAGCUGUGGCUGCCCCAUCCCUGGACGUGUCCAAGGCCAGGUUGGAGGGGGCUUGGAGCCACCUGGGCUAGUGGAAGGUGUCCCUGCCUACGGCAGGGGGUGGAACGAGAUGAGCUUUAAGGUCCCUCCCAACCCAAACCACUCUGUGAUUCCAUAACUCCAUGGUGCUCCAGUUUGCUUUGCCACCAUGCUCAGCCGAAUGUCCCCAGGCUGGUGGCAUCGCUGCGUGCCUCUCCUUGCAGAGGGGGGGACCCCCAAACCCUGGCAGGACAGCGAGGGGCCCCCAGCGCAGCGCAGGGGGUGGCCGCUGGUUCAGAGCCCCGUUACCGGGGGCUCCGGGGGGGCCGCGGGAUCGCUCCCCCCGUGCCCUCCCGGGGGGGCGGGGAACAGGGCAGGGCCCCUCCCUCUAUGAAAUGCAGGCCCGGCGAUUGGCGGGGGCGGGGCCGGGCUCCGCGGCCGGGCUAUAAGAGCGGGGGGAACAAUGCGCCCGCGGUCCCGGCUCGGGGGCUGGCGCCGGGGUGGGGGUUCCCCCUCAUCCCUGGGGCUGCCCCUCGUUUUUCUCUCUGUCUCCCCCUUCCUCAUGCCGAGAUGGAGUUUGACUCGUACCAGCAUUACUUCUACGACCACGAUGCCCAGGAGGAUUUUCACCGCUCCACGGCUCCCAGCGAGGACAUCUGGAAGAAGUUCGAGCUGGUCCCCACGCCCCCUCUGUCCCCGCUGGGUACCCCCGGGGAGAAGGGGUGCUGCUCGGGGGCGGAGGAGCGCUCGGGAUGGCUCUCCCGGUACUGCCUCGCCGGGGAAGAGCCGGAGUAUCUCAUAGGGACCGGACAGAUCUUCGGGAACCUGAGCGCUUUCAUCCUCAAGGAUUGCAUGUGGAGCGGAUUUUCAGCCCGGGAGAGACUGGAGAAGGCGAUGACAGAGAAACUUUCCACGGGCACGCAGAGAGCCACCCCACUCAAACCCUCCUUCGCGCAGGAUUUUGGGUUCAGCAGCUCCGUGAGCGAGUGCGUGGAUCCCGCUGCCGUCUUCCUUUGCCCGCUGGCCGAGAGCAAGAUCCCCGCAUCCUCGGGAUCCGAGGGCCAAAGCGACUCCGAAGGAGAAGAGAUCGAUGUGGUGACGGUGGACAAGAGACAAUCGCUCAGCCUGAGGAAGCCGGUGACCAUCACCCUGCGCGCAGACCCCCUGGACCCCUGCAUGAAACGUUUCCACAUCUCCGUCCACCAGCAGCAGCACAACUACGCCGCCCGCUCGCCACCAGACUCCUGUCCCCCACUGGAGUCACCCCAGCAGGACCAGGACCGAGACGAGGACGAGCCACCAAGUGCCGCAGAGCCAGUCCCUGCCAUCACACCUCCUGAGCCCAGCUUGCCAAAGCUCAGCAGCAGCCCCGGCUCCGACAGCGAGGAUGUGGCCAAGAGGAAAAACCACAACUACCUGGAGCGCAAGCGGCGCAACGACCUGCGCUCGCGGUUCCUGGCCCUGCGGGACCAGGUGCCCGGGCUCGCCAGCUGCCCCAAGACGCCCAAGGUGGUGAUCCUGAGCAAAUCCUCCGAGUACCUGCAGUCGCUCAUCAGUGCCGAGAGGCGGAUGGCAGCCGAGAAGCGGCAGCUGCAGCAGCGCCAGACCCAGCUGCUCAAACGGAUUGCUCACCUCAAGGGGCACUAGCACCCAGGGUACCCCCCGCCCCAGUCCCCACAACCCCCCUGGCUCCCUCUCAAUUUGCACAUUUUUUUUUUUAUUUUAUUUUUUGGUUGUUUGUUGAACUCUUGGCCCCGGGGGGCUGGAGCACGUGGCGGUUGCUGCAUGUGGGGUGGCCGUGGUGCUGCUCCUGGAUGAGGGAAUGGGGCCACGGUGGAGACCCCCCCCCAUGGCAUCACCUGCCUGGGGCUGGUUUCUUGGCACCAAGUGUUGCAAGAUUUCCCCUGUCCCUGCUGUGAAGCUUUGUCAAGUGAUUACUUCAAUUCAAGAGCUCAACUCUACUCCCCCUCCCCAGCAGCCCCGGCACCCCUCUCUGCUGUUUUCCACCAACAGCAUCACUGGGAGCUGCCCCUGGGCAUCUGUCUCGCCCUAAAAAUCCCAAGCAACCAUGGUCUGCCUUGGCUCAUGGAAGCAGGCAGACACAGAGCCCAGCACGGGCCUCGUCUCUGGAUGGAUCCCACGGAGAUGGUGAGGGCAGGAUGUCUCUCACCAGGGUGAGCAGUACCCUGUGGGUGAUCCCCGAUCCCCUUGCUCGGCUGGACCGUACCUCACUUCCUUAUCACUUCACGCAGUAGCUGGUCUUGGAUUUUAUGUUCUAGAAACUGCUGCUGUAACUGCGAGUCUUAUACUGGAGGCUGUGUUUUUAUACUGUAUUUUUGUACCACUUUUUGAGAAGUAUUGGUAAAGAGUUUGCUUUUUUUAUAUAUAUAUAAAAACUUUUUUUUUAAGGGGGGGGUUUCCUGCUGCAGGGGAGGGCUCAGUCCUGCUGCACUUGAGGGAGAUCAGGAAGGGGCUGGCUCCUGCUGGACCCUCGAGCUGAGUCCUCACAGAGGCCAUUUACCCCCUUGCAGCUCUCCAAACCACCCAUUUGCAAUAACAGGGGAUUUUAUCCCUUUCCUCUCCUUGUGAGUAUCCUUGUGACCCCUUUUCCCACCCUUGUGAGUACCCUCUCACCAGCAGCCACUUAAAAUCCUCAGCGAAGCUUUGGGCUUUGCAGGGGGCAGGUUGUGCAUGUGUGUGGGGCUGCUCUGCCUUCGAGGCUUCCCCCUGCCUGUGCCCUCCUGCUGCCCAACCUGCGGUGGGGUACGUGGGUGGCAGAGUCCCCUGUCCCCUCCCAGGGGUGCUGGCAGGGGUGGUCCUGCAGGACAGCACCCUCGGGCCCCCACUGACCUGCUGAGAACUGUUAGAGUUAACACUGUGGUCGGAUUUAGCACUUUCUUCAUUACCUCACACUUCAUAAAUAAAUAAGUUUGCAACAGCC